UGAUAGGGAAAUUAAAUAACUAUGGUGACAGUAAUUGAACACGAUCACCCAUUGAAACUCAUUGAUUUGCAGGUGAAUGAUGAAGAUGUAGAAGAAGCUGAAGCUGAUGAGGAGGAGGAGAAGGAUGUGGUUAUACAAAAAGAUUUUGUAUGUCCAUGUAAAUGUAAGCGGUGCGACCAACCAAUCCACGAGUACUAUAGGUACUACUAUAAAUGUGUAGAUGAUUCAUGUGAUUACUUUGCUCAUAAAUUUUGUAUAGAGAUCCCAACACACAUAACACCAACAAUCAUUAAACACUUAUCACUACCAUAUUCUCUUAAACUCCAACCAAUAUGGUGGAAUUGGCCUUGUGAAUAUUGUCACACCCGUCACCCUCAUGAAGUAUGUUACGCAGAUAUGCAUCAUAUUUCAAAGUCUGUGUAAGCUCUGUCACGGAAGUGGACAAGAAGGGGAUACAUCACCCUAGCCACCCACACCCACUAAUGCCUCUCAUGUUGUUGAAACCCAUUUUAUGUGAGUGUAAAGCUUGUAGUAGGGAACAUAAAGGAUUAUUCUUUAUGUGUACCACAUGUCCUGACUUCGCCAUACACAGUGAUUGUGCUUUCCUACCAAAACGUUCUUUAAUUCAACAAACUACGGGUGACAUUUUCCACCAUACACAUCCCCUCACCCUUUCGUUUUCCUUCCCAGAAGCCGAACAAAGAGCUAAAUACAAUCCUAAAUGUAGAGUAUGCAAUCACAAUUUUUAUGAUGAGAGAAUUUGGAUUUACAAAUGUGAGAAGUGCAUCUACUAUGUCCAUGCAUAUUGUGCAACGUCAAGAGAAGAGCCAUUCAUGCACAUCUUGCUUACAAGUAGAGGUCCAUUGGUUAAGAAUUUUGAAGAUGCCGACUAUCCUCAUCUUUUCCAUCUACCAUUUCCUGAUCAAACUUGUAGCAUACCCAAACAAUUACUUUUCAAAGAAAUUGGACCUGAAACUUGUGCAAGUCUACGACAUACCAGUCAUCAUCAUGAGCUAAUUUUAGUUAAUACAAAAUGCAUAGAUGGUGCAGAGACCAAUCUAUGUCAUAAUCCAAUGAAAAAGAUGGAGCUAUUUUGCAACGCCUGUGUGAGACCAAUCAUGGAGAUGCCAUUUUACAAAUGUGCGACCAAUGAAGAUGAGAGUUGCAACUUUGCUCUUCAUGAGUGGUGUACUCGUCUACCAUCACGAAUAGACAACCACCCAGAUCACCCACACCAUACUCUUCAUCUAAUGUCAAAUGUCUCGGGUGUGUUUCUCAACAUCUUUUAUUGCAGCUUUUGUUACUUGCGUUGCAACGGAUUUGCUUAUGGUUGUUUUGAAUGUGGCUACAAAGUUGAUGUUACUUGUGGGUUGAUACCUAAAAAUAUCACACAUGAAUCUCACCCCAAACAUCUUCUUUCAUUAGUUAGGGGGGUUCAUUCGCGGCAUAAAUGUAUUAUGUGUCUGGGAUAUUUUAGUGACUAUCCUUAUUUAAGUCGGGGAGGAUACGACAUACAUAAAUUGAUUUUCAAUUGCAGCACGUGUGAAGUAUAUAUACAUCCGGAGUGUGCUUUGUUGCUGCCGGGGACAAUUAGACACCCAUAUGACAAACACCCCAUGAACUUGAGUUACCUCCCAAUUGAGAACCAUAAGAGUGAAUAUUUUUGUGAGGUUUGUGAGAACGUACUGAAUCCUCAUGCUUGUUUCUAUCAUUGUGACGAGUGUUCUCAGUCGCUGCAUUCUGCUUGUGCUCCUGCAAUUUGUUGUGAAACAACAACCUAUUCCGACAGAAGAAGAAACAUCAGUCAACAUAUAAAUCUGAAGUUUGGGAGCAUUCAUAAGAUUGAUGGUCACUCACAUCCUCUGUUGUUUGCUCAAGGGAUCAAGAGUGAUGGUCAAUGCAGUAUAUGUUCUAAGGGACUAAGGUACAUGAUACUUAAGUGUCUCCAGUGUAAGUAUGCAAUUGAUUACGAAUGUUGUGAGCGCUUGAACUUGAUGAACAACUCAUGAAGUUUGUAAAUAAAAGGUAGUCGUCUAUUUGUUCAAUUUGACUUCACUACUAAUAAAUUCUAUGUACGU